AUGGUUCCUAUAACAAGCUUUAUAUUUCAAGAGGGAAAUAAGUCUCUUAGGAGUGAUUUGGUGUAAGAUUCUAAAAUUAGCCGAGUAUUUUCUCCUAAGAAAACUAGUAGAUAAUUAAAUGAUAACUACAAUAUGUACGAUUAAAAUGGACAUAAAAAAUAAUUUGCAGUCAAUGAAUAAAGAUAAAAUUUUCAAGCUGGUAAAAGUCUUGAUCGAAAUCUAAAACCUUUAGGUUAAUCAAAUAGAAAAAACAAUAACUCUCAAAAUUAAAAUGGCUAAAAUUAGUAAACAGUUUUGAGACAGUAUGAGUUAAAUUAUUAAAGACUUUUGAAAUACAAGUAAUUCUUGGAAGAAAAAGCUAGAGAAGAAAUCGAAAGAUAAAAUGAUGUAUAAAAUGUAAUCGUUGUCAAUAAAAAAAAUCCUGAAGAAAGAUUUGAAAUACCACCAAGAUAUAUAUAAAUUUCAAGAGAAAGGUCUGAAGAUAGAAGGUAUAACUAAAUGAAUGACUCUUAGUAUAUGAAUUCUUCCUUAAAAUAAUCUAAAUAUUAAAAUUAAUACACGUCACCUAGAAUUUAAUCACCUAAAAGCCCAUAUAAAAGACAUUUAGAAUUAAGUUAGCAGAUGCCAACUCAGAGAGGCUUAUCUUCUCUUGAUAAUAGAAAGACGCCUCCUUAUACUUAUAGAUAAAAUGUUUAAAAAGUUAUGGUAUAAGCAUAGUAAAGUAAAACAUUGGAAGAAGAUGUAAAUGUUGUACAAAGUAAUUAUAGUACCAAGCUAAAUUAACUGAUGCCCAAAAUAGCUCCAAAAAAGAUGAUUGAAGAAUUAAGUUCCAGUUCUCCAAGCAAUAAUAACAAUUAAUUUAGAUAAACAAACAGUUCAAAAAAAUAUUAUUAAACUCAAAAUUUUGAAUUUGUUAUGGAAGAAUCGCUAAACACAACAACUAUUCAUGGGACUAAAUAAAUUAAUAAAAUAAAUAUAUUCAAUAAUCAAAUAUCUAAAACAUUUUACAAACCUAAACAAUAAAUCUAAUUGGAUAAUUUUAUGAAAGAUAUGCAAGAGCAGUCACUAGGGUUAAAAAAAACAGAUUUAUUAUUUGACAACAACAAUUAAAGUAGUAAAAACAAGUCUCUAAUUUAAAAUAGGACUCCUUCUAAUUAAUACCAAAAUGAAUCAAAAGGGGAAGUUAUAAAGUCAUUCAAAAGUGCCACUCCUAAUAAUCUUGAAGCGUCCAAUAGAUAAAACAUAAGGGUCUCUCAAAUAAAUAGAGUUGGUCUUAGGGAAUUAGUUAGACCCUAUGCACGCCCUCCUAAUAUUGUUUAUGAUCAAAGUGAAUUAUUAUCUCUGAGCAGGAACUAAAGUCCUGAUGAUUUUUCAUAGCAACAAUAUCAAAAAAUUAAUGGAUAAAAUAAUUAAUUUAAUAUGAAAAACGAAAAGGCUAUUGAAGAAAGCAAAAUAGUUUAAUAAAAUUAAAAUGGUGAAUUAUAAAAUGAUAAGUUAAUAAGUUAAAAUAUCUAAAAUUAAAUAACAAACAACACUAACAAUUAUCCUCUUGAAAGCCAUCAAAAAGUCAACACUAAUUCAAACAAUAAUAAUUAAAACAACAAUAACUAAAGUAGUUUGCAAACAAGUGGUCAUGUAUUUUCAGAAAAGUAGUUCAAUCUUUAGAUAAGAGAAUCUAAAAUUCCUUUACUAAAGAAUUUACUUAAUAGUGAUGGAGCAUUUAUAUAAACACCCGUAACUCCGUUUGGAAAUAAUGAAGUUUAUGAUGCUUAGUACCAUGAAAAAAAAAUGGAAUAUAAUUUAAAAUAAAACUUAAUUAUUAAUUAAGACUAAAAAAAUGGCCUUAUCAUUUCAAACAUGUAAGAUGGUGAAAGAAAAAUAAAUAAUCUAAAAAUAAAAUCAAAAGAAAAUAGAUUUAAUUAUGGUAUAUUAGAAAUAGGUUCUUUGUCUACAAACUUUGAUAUAGCAAUUUAAAAUGUUAAAAUGGAAAGUUUGUUUAUGGUCGAAGAAUACACUUUCGAUGUACUAAAAUUCAUCAAAGAAAACUUUAAAGUAAGAAAAAUAUGUAAACUUUACUUAAAGAAUACAAAUGAUAAUAAUUACAAGAUAAUAGAAGGUAUUUUUAAAGAUAAAAAGAUCUUAUUGAACUAUAAACGAAUGAUCAUCUUUGAAAGAAUUGUCAUUUUAACUCUAAUUUUGUUUAGCUAUACUCCAUAGUAGCCUAUGCCUUUGGAUAUUUAAGUUCUCCUAAAAAACUUAUGCUAUUAUAUACAUAACAAUGCUACUUUACUUAUAGAAUUGCUAUUAGAUAUUUUUACAUAGACUAAAAAUCUUCAUCCAAAUUGGGAAAAACUCACUGAAAUUUUUCACUUAAGACUGAAAAAAUAAAAUACAGCUGAUAAGAAUGAAAUUGUUGAUUUGAUUAUAUAGAAUAACUCUUAAAUUGAGACGCUAUUUACUUAGUUAAAGCAAAAAUACAAUUAUGAAUUUAUGCUUCAUAUAUCUAAAUACAAGGACGAGGCUCUUUAAGUAGAUAAUCUAGCAGACUCCUUAAAUAUGCUUUAGGUUAAAUCUCAAGAAAUACUAACUACUGUUAACGAAACUAAAAAGUCUCAAUAAAAAACUGAUUAUAUUAAGUAAGACGAUGAAGAGAACUAAAAUAAUUUUAAUAACAUUGAAGAUUAUAUUAAAUAUGAAUAAAAAAAUAAAAUUAUCUACUCAAACGAUUACCAAAUCGAUGAUGACGAAGAAGGUGAAGAAGAAGAUGACAGUGAAGAAGAAGAAUAAUAUUAAAGUUCUAUUGCUUCUUAAAGUAGUAGUGGAAAGAUAGAAAAAGAAAGGACUGAAAAAGAUAGCUAGAAUGAACAAAAUAGCAAAGAAAAAAAGAAAACAAAAUCAUAAAGUUAGAGAAAAGGUACUUCUGUUAAAGAGCCUUAUCUUCCACCUAUUAAUACUAAAUAUAAAUACACAUUAGUGCUAGAUUUAGAUGAAACUUUAGUGCACUAUCAUGAAAUGGAAGAUUAAACUGGUGGAGAAUUUUUGAUAAGACCUUUUGCAGAAUAAUUUUUAUAUGAUAUGAGUAAAUAUUAUGAAAUAGUAAUUUUUACAGCAGCUGUUAAAGAAUAUGCAGAUUGGAUUUUAGAUAUUAUAGACAAAGAUAAAAAUAUUUCAUAUAAACUUUAUAGGCAACACACUGUUUUUGAUGGACAAUAUAACUUAAAAGACUUAAGUAAAUUAGGCAGAAAUAUAAGUAAAACGAUUAUCAUAGAUAAUCUUCCAGAAAAUUUCUCAAAAUAACCAGAAAAUGGUAUUUUUAUUCAGUCAUGGUUUGGAGAAAAAGAUGAUAAGGCUUUGUUCGAUUUAUCUCCACUUCUUAGAUAAAUAGUAGAAAAAGAGAGUCCAGAUGUGAGAAUAGCAUUAAGAAAGUUCAGUGAUUAAAUAGAGGAAAAUAUGAGAAACGGUAUUUAAUACCCACAUCUUAAUCUUAUUCUAUGA